AUGCUGUCCAGAGCCAGCAUUGUAUCGUUGAGGAGGAACACGAACAAGUCGGGUAAACACUGGGGAGCAUAUCGGAUUGGCGAGUUUCAUCCGAAAUUGCCCGACAAAAAACCGACGCAUAUUAUCGUUGGUGCUGGAGCGGCAGGAUGUGUUUUGGUAAGUUUCUUGUUGUUUGAUCUUCUUGAAAUUUUAGGUAAAUCUGAAGCAGGAUGUAGAAUUAAUUUUCAACGCAAAAAAUCUCUGGAAUUUGCCUAGUUUCCGUUGUUUUCGGGAUUUUAGGUAUCAGUGUCAAGUAUAAUAUAUUUUGAUUGUAAUCGGGAUUGUGGAGCGUCGUUAACACUUGUCAUGGCAUAUCAAGCUAAAUUAAGGUUUAUGAGGCUUCUUUCAUUCUCUGUCUGAGCUGUUUUUCAUUUCUGCUUACCUAAAAUAAUAUAAUUCUUGUUCAGGCAAAUCGGCUGACAGAAAAUCCGGACAACCUUGUGGUCCUUAUGGAAGCUGGCCCAAAGGACAACUGGUGGAACUGGAAGAUCCAUAUGCCGGCCGCUUUGAUGUACAAUCUCUGUAAUGAUAAUUAUAACUGGUAAGAAGGAUAAUAUAUUUUUUGUUGAAUUUUUAGGAAAUACUUGUAGAGAAGGUAGAAUGGGUUGCAGCAAGUGAUAUUCAAAGUAUUAAAAAGAAAUUCUUGCAGGUUCUAUCACACAGCAGCUCAAAAACACAUGGACGACCGGGUCUUUUAUUGGCCGAGAGGUCGAGUUUGGGGUGGAUCAACGUCAUUGAAUGCCAUGGCCUAUGUUCGCGGUCACCCCAUGGAUUAUGAUCGAUGGGAACUGGAAGGGUGCAAGAAUUGGUCGUAUAAGUAAGUUAUUUUUUAUUAGUCCUCUUGCUUUAGGUACUUGAUGAAAUCUCUGAAAAUUUGGUUGAGAAUUUGGCCAAGAAUUUAAAAGAGAGACUGUGAAUGUUGAUUCUUCCUCUGUGCCAAGUUUCAGCCAAUUCCAAACGUUUUUAUGCGGGAUGAUGGCAUUUUUUCGACCAAAAGUAUAUUAUUUUAGAUAUAAAAAUAAAGAAAUUUAUUUUCAAAUUUUUAGACACUGUUUGCCCUACUUCAAGAAAGCCCAGACUCAUGAGCUCUCCACCGGUCCAGAUGAUCCAUAUCGCGGCUAUAAUGGACCGUUGAAAGUGUCGGUCGGCAAGUGCGAAAACCCCUUGCAUCAGGCGUGGAUCAAUGCCGGAAAAACGCAUCGAAUCGGCUACACCGAGGACAUGAAUGGCUACCGCCAAGAAGGAACUGCCCCCAUGGACAUGACUGUGCAUAAAGGCAAGCGGCAGAGCGCCUCAGUCUGUUAUCUUCAUCCGAUUUUGGAGCGGCCGAACCUCAUCACCUCGACCAAUAUUUUGACGACCAAAAUUUUGUUCAACGGCAAGAAAGCGAUCGGUGUGGAGUAUCUAAGGCGAACGAAUAAUGUAUUUGGACAAGAUGCGAUUGAUUCAUAUAAUAGGGAGAAGAUUUAUUGCGAAUCGGAUGUUAUCCUUGCUGGAGGCGCUAUAAACAGCCCCCAAUUGCUGUUGCUCAGUGGAAUUGGACCGAGAAAUCACUUGAAUAGCUUGGAGAUCCCGGUGAUUCAGGAUAUGCCGGGAGUGGGCAACAAUUUACAAGACCAUCUGGAGAUUUAUGUUCAGCAGGUAAGAAUUUGAUUUUUUUUUUUUGAUUUUUAGAUUCUUGAAUGAAGUUUGGAAGCAUAAUUGAGCUUUUUGAAUGUUCUGGGGGUAUUUUACAACUAUUUUGAGAGAUGGUAGUUUUUUAUUUGAAAUUCAAAAGGAGUUUUUAUAUUAUCCAUGAUGACCUCUCCCCAAUUUUUAAUUUUUCGCCUAAAAUCCCUCAAUUUUCUCCAGAAAUGCACCCAGCCCAUCACCCUUUACGAUAAGAGCUCCUGGAAAUUCCCGCACAACAUGAUCAAAACCGGACUUCAAUGGUUCUACAAUCAAACGGGACUCGCCGCCAGCAGUCAUCUGGAAUCGGGAGGAUUCUGCAGAUCCAGUGAUGAUGUAAGUUUUAAAUGCCAGAAGAAGGUAGAUUGAGUAUCUUGUGGAUUUUUUAGCCUUAUGGGGGAGAUUUUAGGAUGACUUUUUAAGGGUAACAUACUUGAUGUCUAGUGCAAUAUAAAAUUUGCUGAGAAAAAGUCAGAUAUUUAUAGAAAUGGAGUUUUAUUUGUUUCAUGAGCCUUAAAAUAUUGUUUAGAGGGCGUGUGAAGCUACAGAAUUAAAAAAAAAUAUUUUUUUUACUUUAGGUACCUAAAAAAAUUUUGGCUGGAUGAUUGAUAUUAGCUCUGGGAUUGGGCUAAAAGUUGUAUCUAGAUAAAUUUUGAUGUUUAGAAGGAUUUUUUAGACUGUUUAGGCCCCUUUUUAGGCAAGGAUUUACAUUAAUUUACCUUGUUUUAGAUCCCCCACCCAGAUAUCCAAUUCCAUUUUCUCCCCUCAACGGUUCACGAUGACGGCAGAACGAAUGGCACGUGCCAUGCCUAUCAAGUUCAUGUGGGCCCCAUGCGAUCGCAGUCCAAAGGAACGUUGAAAUUGAUCAGCAACGACCCCCGAGUGCACCCAGCAAUGGACCCGAAUUAUAUGGCCGAGGAGCAGGAUUGGAUCGAGUUCAGGAAGUGCAUUAGAAUCUCGAGAGAAUUGUUUGCCCAAAAGUCUUUUGACGAAUUCAGAGGCGACGAAUUGGCCCCAGGAAUUGAGUGCCAAACUGAUGAACAGGUAAGUGUAAUAUAGGCGGAAAUAUAGGGAAAAAUGAGGAUAAGUGGAGGUGAAUUUGAUUGAAAAAGAAGGAAUAGGGUGUUGAAGGAGAGAAUAGUAUAUUUUGCUUAUUUUUUAUGCCGUAUUUCACCUUCAGAUUGACAAAUUUGUCCGAGAAAAGGCCGCCUCAGCCUAUCACCCAUCUUGCACGGUAAAAAUGGGCCCAAGCUCGGAUGAAUUCGCGUGUGUGGACCCGGAAACAAUGAAAUUGCAUGGCUUCGAAGGUCUGAGAGUAAGUUGGAAGCAAAGUUUUUUGAUUCGAGAUCAGUUUUGAGGAGUUUUUGACCUUAUAAGACCUUGUACUAGCUUACUUGGAGGUCCGAAAAAGAAAUGGCUAUAAAAUUUUUGGUGUGCAUGGUAUAGUGAUGAUUGUAGGUGGUGGAUGCGAGUGUGAUGCCCUCUAUUGUGAGCGGCAAUCUCCAAGCCCCGACGAUCAUGCUGGCCGAGAAAGCGGCCGAUAUUAUACAGGGCAAGAGCCCACUUCCGCCUCAAGAUGUACCCAUUUGGAAGCCCGAAAUUGGGAAGCCCUCGAACAUUCAGCCAUAA